UGUGGUCCGUCCUUUAGACGUUUCUGUGUAUUCUGUCGGUCGGUGUGCGGCAGCCAGGAACGAACCCAAAAGCCAGCGAAACCAGUGUUGUGCAUGUGUCGCCCUGAUCCGGUCCACACUGACGGGGGUGGGUUGCGUGUGUUUGCGUGUGUGUGUGUAGUGUGUUGUGUGUGUGCUGCUGCUGCACUUUCUAAGGCGCAUUCAAAAAAACCGCUCAUCACCGGCUAUCAAACUCAAAUAGUGUAUAGUGUGUGAAACGUGGUGGUCGUGCGUGCAGUUUUAUUGUUGUGGAUUGAACACGAGUGGACGCAGAUCAUUACCGCGCCGGAAAACGUGCGCGCAACAACACACUCGUGUGAGCCUGUUUGUGAUUUCUGGUUCGGCCGUCCGUUGCUUGGGAGGAGGCUUCGUGAACGUGAUCGUUUGGGCCAUCGUGAAACAGCCACUCGCCCCGAGAUGCCCCUGUUCGGCAAGUCGCAGAAAAGCCCCCAGGAGCUGGUGAAGGCACUGAAGGAGGCGGUCAACUCGCUGGAGCGUGGCGACAAGAAGGCGGAAAAGGCGCAGGAAGAUGUCAGCAAGAAUUUGGUGUUGAUCAAAAACAUGCUCUACGGUACGUCCGAUGCCGAACCGCAAACCGAAAUCGUCGUAUCCCAGCUGGCCCACGAACUGUACAGCACCAACCUGCUGCUGCUUCUGAUACAGAACCUGAACCGCAUCGACUUCGAGGGCAAGAAGGACGUGGCACAGAUCUUCAACAAUGUGCUCAGACGACAGAUCGGCACCCGCUCGCCGACGGUGGAAUACAUCUGCACAAAGCCCGAAAUUCUGUUCACGCUGAUGGCCGGGUACGAGCAUCAGGAGAUCGCGCUGAACUGCGGUACCAUGCUGCGCGAGUGCGCCCGUUACGAGGCGCUCGCCAAGAUCAUGCUGCACUCGGACGAGUUCUUCAACUUCUUCCGCUACGUCGAGGUGUCCACGUUCGACAUUGCGUCCGAUGCAUUCUCCACCUUCAAGGAGCUGCUCACCCGCCACAAGAUCCUGUGCGCGGAGUUCCUCGAGCAGAACUACGACAAGGUGUUCAACCACUACGAGCAUCUGCUCAACUCGGAAAACUACGUGACGCGGCGGCAAAGCCUUAAGCUGCUCGGCGAGCUGCUGCUCGAUCGGCACAACUUCACGGUCAUGACGAAGUACAUCUCCAACCCGGACAACCUGAAGCUGAUGAUGAACAUGCUCAAGGAGAAGUCGCGCAACAUCCAGUUCGAGGCGUUCCACGUGUUCAAGGUGUUUGUCGCGAACCCGAACAAACCGAAACCGAUCUUGGACAUACUGCUGCGCAACCAGGAAAAGCUGGUCGACUUUCUGACCCGCUUCCACACCGACCGCUCGGAGGACGAACAGUUCAACGACGAGAAGGCUUACCUGAUCAAGCAGAUCAAGGAGCUAAAGCCGGCCCCGGAUCAAUAGUCGUGCCGCGCCGACAUUGCCACCCGCUCAUCCGCAACCGUUAGCGAAACCGUCGGCAGCGUCGCCGUGGUCGUCGCCGCCGCCCUUUCGGUCGUAGUAGUGUCCAGCGCGUAGUGGCUGGAUCCUGUUCUUCGACUGUGCUCUGCAAGGAAAGCAAAAAACAACCCUGCGUCACCUCCCUUUUGCGCCCGCCUCUCUAGUGUCGAACACGCGCGCUUGACUCGGACUGAACGUUUGGUGCUCAGACGAAAGAACAGCCAAACCGAGCGGUACUAGCACACACAUACAUAUUCCUCAUAAACAAACACACAAGUAGAAACACACGAAACUAGACUAAAUAGUCAUAGCGAAGCGCAAACGAACGAAUAGCGAAAAACGAUAAUAGAGGUCGAUACCGAGAAAGAGAGAGAACGAGAAGAACGUUGCGAAUGGGGUCACCAUCUUUAGCGAGGGCAUACGAAAUCAAUCGAAAGAGGAAGGUAGAUUAUCAUAUGAGGCAGGGGACGCACGCACGCACCCACGGUUUUUAGCGGUUUAUAUUUUCCUGAUUGGGGUUUUUUUUUCUCAGAGCGACGCAUAUUUUGGUCACGUGUUUCCAGCUUGAAAUUGGCAAUUAGAAUUAGGUCUAACAGUACGACUUAUGUUUUUUUCCCAUGUGCACCCGUAGCUCAAUGCAAUUAUUCCACGCACUUUCCCACUACCCACUCUCAAUUGAACAUUUACUUGUGGUUUCUAUUGUGUGUUUAGUUUUUAUUUUAUGUUUAAUUUACUCUCUGUCCCUAUCGGUAUGCUCCAUGUAAUGCAUACACACAUGCAUAUUUGAAUGUUUCCGUUUUUUUGUUCUUUUUUGUUCUUUUUCGUUUUUUUUUGUUUUGCUCGUACUAGUACGAUAAAGUGUUUGCCGGUUUUUUUUUGUCUACCAUGCUGAUUGUGGGGCAUGUACAGUUUUAGGCAUUAUUAUUGCGCGGAAAGCUUUGAGUGGGAAGGAAGAGAGCGCGAGAGCGACAGAAGAGCGGGAUAAAAGUUAUCCGAUACAUAGUGUUAGAUAAGGAUAUAUAUUGUAAAUAAUUCUAUUCCACUUAUAUUUUGGCCCACGGUUUGCAGUUUGACGCAAUUUGCCAGUAAAGAAAACUCGAGUGCGCAAACAAGGGCCUCGCAAUUGCAAUCGCAUCAUAAGCUCUGCCCGCUUUGUGCUCAAAUGUGGCGCUCGGUUGAAGGUAAUUGGUAGGGUUUUGCAAUAAGCGUAUUUUUCUUUUACAUCCCUCCGCAACAACAGCAGAGCGGUCGACCCCAACCAGAAAUGGCAGUGUGAUGAUGACCAAUGUAGUGUUUGCAAAAAGAGCUAGGCUUUGGUUUUCUUUUGCUUGAAACGGGGGGGGGGGGAAUCAGCGCACAUCCCUGUACGCAUCCCUUUGGCUAGUUUAAUAGGUUUCCGAUUAAGAUUCGGUUUCCUUUUCUCAACCCGAAACAAAACGCCAAAACUGUUAAUGCGAACGAUUUUGCCACUAGCACCAGAUCCACAAAUAAUAAGCAAUACGAUAGCACUGGAUGACAGGAACACUGAGGGACGCCAAAAACCACGAAAAUUGUGUAUAAUGUUUGUUUCUAUACGUACAACAACAGUAACAGAAAAAAAAACCAUAAACAAAUCUACCUGUUGUAUGAAAGCGUGUUUAAAAAUACGACCAAAUCCAACGUCAACGGUCACAUCCGGGUUUUGGUUGCAGGAGUUUUGUUUGCUUUUGGUUGGAAAGCUUAUUCGCCACUCGCCAAAUUCAAUGUGAACUGAGAACGAAGACCCGCCCCCCUGCCAACACAUCUAAUCAUUAUUACAAAAGAAACAAAAUGCGGCAUUGCACGUACAUACGAAGACGAAUGGUAACUGGGGAAAACAAGGCAGAGCGAAGAAAACCAGUAGCAUAGUAGCGCGGCAUUAAGAAAAGUGGGUAUAGUAGAGUCAUAGGAUUUUAAAAGCAAAGG